CACGGCGGUUGUGAAGGGAGGCUGAGCGCUCUAGACGGGGUCAAAUACCGCGUCCACGAGUACUUGAUCCCGAUACGAACCAACUCACUCGGUGAUCGAGUGACGAGUGGGGUAAUAACAAGUAAUUUGAGCGAGACAUCUGUGACAGAACUGAUCCGACCUACUGAGCGAGCAAUCAGAGGGGUAUAAAUACACUUCACGCACAAUCGCUACUUUCAGUCAUCAUCUGAAUCUCGUGUGAGUCACACAAAAGUCGCAGCUCGUACAAACUUCGACAGCGAAUUAUCACAAAGCCCUUGAGCACGUUCAGGGUUAUCUGCGAUAAGACAAGGUUUUGGAUCCUUCUCGCUGACCAGAAAUCAUUUCACUAUGGCGUGCAGAAUGUACAGACUCGUACUGGUGUUAAUGCUGCUUUCUGUUCUUUCUUGUGCGUCAGCGAAAAGUAUCAAGAAAAAGGUCCACCAUCUUCGCAAGAGGAGCAUCUCGCUGUUCGCCAUGAAGGACACGUGCCCACCUCGUGCGUUUAUCCCGUUCCCAGGGGAACCAUGCCAGCACACGUGCCAAGUCGACAAUGACUGCCCUGGAAACCAGCUCUGCUGCGAUAACGGAUGCAACAUGUGUAUGGACCCCGUCCUACCCCCUCCUGUGAUCGACUGGCUUGGAAUGGAUAACCGCGGGUUUUCCGAGAGUCGUGAGCCGAACAACUAUAUCGACGCGCUUAAUAUUCAAGAGCACGUACAGGAAGUCAGUUGUUAUUAUAAUGGAGUGACGCUAAGCAAAGGACAGAUCUUCUACAAGGGCUGUCAUAGAUGUGAGUGUAGAAUGGAAGGAAUCAACUGCGAAGUAGGGCCCUGUAGAACAGACGAACACGAAGGCUUCCACUCAGAGGGCUCCUCCGGCGACGACGAGCAACCGUCAGGGGAUAACGAAACUCGUGUGAAUUCUCGCGUGUACGCGCGUGUGUCGGGGAGAAAAAUUGGGACUAGGAAACUCGCGCGGUUACCUGCGAGACCAAUAGGGGAGAGCCAAGAGCCCAUCGACCAAGAGGUGGACAAGCCUUCUACCGAGCCCUCAGAACAAUUGACAGACAGCGAGCAUUGGAACUACAGGGAGAGGGGGCACCCCACUGCCCAACCGACAGCCCAAGUCAUCUACCACACGGCUCCGUACUUCCGUCAUCACCGAGUGAUUCCGAGAAGGCCUGGGGAGAUCAGGCCCCGGUCUGAGCAUACUCAGUAUGUUGAAAGGUACCCUCAUCGCAGAAUGCUGCACAGACGAGCAGGUCAUCGCCUACGCCACUAGUGGAACAAGUGAAUAAUUGUACAUAGAAGGGAUGGGCUAAAGAACUUUAAGCGUAACCAGAAAACAACAACCGAACAAAGUGCAUAGAAACCAUAUGCCUCGGACGAACCAUGGAGGUGAUAAUAACAUUUUAAGCCUCGGACGAACCAUGGAGGUGAUAAUAACAUUUUAAGCCUCGGACGAACCAUGAGGGUUACAAUGACAUUCUAGGUUGAAUAAGUCAAAAACAUUAUUGGGCUAUCACAAAAGUGCUAUCAUUUAAAGUGUGGUGAAAUUAUUCCAAGAAACACCAUAAUAAAAUUCCUUCCAAGAAAUUCGCCCACUGGGCCAACAUAUAGAAAUAUUACAGAAAUACUCGGGUCUUUAAGCUACAGUAUGUAAAUAACAAGAACAUGUAGAUAACAGAUGGCAAAGGGCAAAUCAGAAAUGUGAGCUAUUAUAUGAAUUGCAGAUCAGUAGCUCGAACUCGAGCCUACAUUACACUGGUCAGCAGAAUUUUAUCCAGAGAUGUAUGAUAAUUUAUGUACGAGGUAAGCCGUGUGAUAAUUCGCUUUUAGAAGGCCACAGACCAGCAAUUUCCAGAUGUAUAUUUUGUACGUAGCUUAACACGUGGUAAUAUUAUGCACGUAGGAAAACGAGAUAAAUUGCUUUACAGAAAUUUAAUAAAUUAACAUAUUGCUUA